AUGAGCCAUUCACAGCAAAUCUCGAGGCUUACUGUCAAAGGAUUUUUGAAAUUACCUGCUUUCGGACAAAACAGCAAGGCUGGCGAGAUGGCCGCGGCUUCAACGAGAAUGACUUUCUGUCCUCAUCGUUCUGAUGUUCUUCCAAAAGCUGGAAAUGCCAUCGGUGAAGAAAAUUCGCCUUCAGAGGCCGUCAAUUUGGAAGCUAAUAACAUCACAGCUAAUGAAAUGCAAGAAAUCGAAUCGGCAGUCGGACGUAUGACACGCAAAAGAGCAGUUUCCUACGAGGAACUUUAUCCUACUUUAUUCCGUCGGCGGCGCAAACUCCCUGCCGCUCGUGUUAAAAGAGCUUCAGUCGUUCCGACUGCAAAAAUACCUGGCGGUUUUCCCAACUCUGUUGAAUCCGAAAAUACCGUUCCAGUAGAAUCCACGCCAGACUUCGUAAGUGCAAAAGCAUCGGUGAAAGGCGAUGGUGCAGUGAAGCGGACAAAACGGAAGCGGAGCAGAAGGAGAAAGCAGCGCAAAUCUAUUAACAGUAAGUGUCACAUUGUUAGUUCCUGA